UCGUCGUCCUCAGUCACAGGAAGGUCAAUAAAAUAAAUCCACUCCACUUUAUACGUAAGGUUUUGUAAUGGUCAUGCAGUCAUAAAAUAAAAUAACUCUUUCCCAACAAUUCGUCUCACACUUGCCAUCCAAACGUUGCUUUGAUUCAAUCUGUGCAUAAAAAUUGGUGGUCUGGUCAUGUCAAAGACAAAAAUGGGUAAAAAGUCCCUCCAAAAUAUUCCCCCACCAUCUGUCCCCGCUCAACUCGACCUGAGUGAAGAAGAUUUAUUCGUUUGUGACCAACUCGAAGACAUGAACGUGAUUUUGGAAGACGUCGAAUCCUCCCCAGCUUUGAAAAAGAGGAACAAAUCCGGUCUCGUCGACUACGUCAAGGCAAAAGGGGGCAGUUUAGCGUCGGGAAUUGGGCGAAUUUCCGGAAACUUGUUAAACAAAUUGGUCUCCGCGGGGAUGCAGACGCCCUUAGUGAAAUAUCUCUUGAGUCCGUCGACCCUUCGCAAGGCGUUGAAUAAUGAUCCAAUUUUGAUGGAAACUUAUCGAAUAAUCCUGACGAGUGAACCGGUUCAAGCGUUGAUGACACCGGAAGCGAUGAAAAUCGUGCUCGAUUCGGCCACCGCGAAGAAAAUCGUGACUCCGGAAAUGGUGUUGACCAUUUUGAACCAUGACCUUUUAGCGGAUUUUGUCACCCCUGAAACGAUCAGGUUUAUCGUGACGUCGGAAAUUGUGGAGAGGAUUUUACAACCGGGCGCGAUCCUGAAUAAUAUGGAGAGUAAAGUGAUGAGGAGGUUUUUAAGGCCGGAAAUUAUCCAUGAGAUCGCGUACGCCAGAUUUUUUACGAGGUUGAUGGAUCAGGAUUUUUUCGUGGAGUGGUUAACCACUGGGGGAGUGAGGGAUGUCAUGACGAAGGAGGCGGUGCAGGAUGCGUUGGAAUGUCCGGGGGCGAAGAGAACGAUGACACAGGAAACCGUGGACAAGGUGCUGGGUGUUGAAGGGGUGCAAAAUCUGGUGAAAAAUGAAGCCUUUUACGCCCACCUGAUGCAAGUCUAUGAGACGAUAGUUAAACAACAUAACGAUGACAAGAUGAAGACAUGAUGGAGACAAACUUUUCAUCUAUUUAUUUAUUUCUGUUCUAACUAAUUCUUACUAAAAAUUUGAAAUUUUGUCCAAAAAGUAGAAAAUCCUUCCUCAUUUUACUGAUAAUCGUAGUAGUACCCACUGUACAAGCAGGACCCCAUAAUCCCGUCCGGUGAUCGGCAGUAGUACCCACUGCAGCAGUUACCCUUCAACGCGUCGGUCGGAACGCAAGGCUGAUUGUAGCGGAUGCACUGAAAUAAAAAAUAAAUAAAAUUUGUAAAAAUCAAAA